AUGUCUUCUCAGAAACCACAAACGGCUUAUUUUUCCAACGGCCAAGCGCUGACGAGCCUCCCUCUCUCAGUCCGUGUUUCGCGAUUCAUCGAAAGCGCCUAUGUCUUCUUCGGCCUGUACAUAGUCAGCUUCUUAUCGGUACGAGACCCCCGAGUCCGUGAUUACAACGCGCAAUUCUCCACCUUUCACUGCCUUUUUGCCCAACUCUGUCGUUUCUUAAUAUGGACUGACCCGUUUUCGUUCCAGCUGGACCCCUACGCCGCCGCACAGAACUCGUCCUUUAACAUCCAUAAACCUAAGUCCUCGUCCGGAUCGCGCGAUACUCGUGGUGGAAGCUCCGGUUCCUACGGCCCUGGCGGCGGCGGCGGUCCAGGUGGGCCUGGUCGACGUAUUGGGCGUGUGGAUGAUGUUAGAGGACCGGAAUGCCGCAGCUGUCGGAUGUCGACCGUCCCACUAAACGACCCAGACUGGGCAACAUUGAUCCGCGGCCUGACAGAGCGCAUCCCCGAAAGAUCUAUACCAAAACUGCAGAUCCCGCUAAACAUCCCGCAAUUGAUUGACCACACGCUGCUAGCCGAGUCCGCCACAGAAAGCCAAAUCGACGUCCUCUGCACCGAAGCAAAAGAAUACGAAUUCGCCACCGUCUGUGUCCGACUAAACCACGUCGCCCGCGCCGUCGCCAACCUGAAAGACACCAAGGUCGGCGUCGCCUGCGUGGUAGGCUUCCCCGAGGGCACGCACGAUACGAAGGAGAAGGUCCGCGAGGCGAUUGAGGCGGUCUCACAGGGCGCGACGGAACUGGACAUGGUCAUCAAUUACCACAAGCUCAAGGACGGGGGCUACACGGCCGUUUACAACGAUAUCAUGGCUGUGCGUGCUGCGGCACCUUCGCCGACGAAGCUAAAGGCUAUCUUGGAGACGUCCCAGCUCAAUAGAGAUCAGCUUAUUGCCGCUGCUAUUGUUGCGUGUACGGCGCGGGUGGAUUUCAUUAAGACGAGCACUGGGUUCUGUGGUCCUGGUGCGGAUUUACAGAGCGUGCAGAUUAUGCAUGUUGUGUCGGAGGUGUGCUUUAAUGGUGUCUUGGUUAAGGCCAGUGGGGGUAUUAAGACUGCCGAUGAUUGUUUGCGCAUGCUUAAGGCUGGGGCGAGGCGGAUUGGGACUAGUUCUGGGGUUAAGAUUAUGAAGGAGGUUGAUGAGGGCGAGCUGCUGGAGCAAGGGGCUUGCCAUGCGGUGUCUUAG